AGUUGCUCAUCGCCCGAGAUGUCAGAAACGUACAGUUAAUUAAACGCUCGUGUUCAACGUCGGUUCCUGUCUCGCGUGAAUCAUGAAACGUCUGCUACAUGCACUUUUCAUUUUUAAUCUAUUGGCAAACGUCGUAACGGAGCGGGCCAAUUGUCGAAUCAUCAACAAAUGGCAAGAUAUGAAAGUCACGUUGAUCUGCACGGGACUCACGAACUUGACGGUAUUGAAGGAAGGGUAUAGCAACAGUACGUCGAUCACGAUUUCAGAUUCGAGAAUAUAUAAUAUACCAGGAUACAGUUUUGAAAGAUUUGAUGCGAGCCUCGUAACUUUGGAUCUACACGGGUCAGACAUACAGACUAUAAGUCCUGCUGCGUUCGGAAAACUCGCCAAACUAGAGAACUUGUUACUGUGGGGUAAUAAGUUGACCACCGUAAACUAUGAAUGGUUCGUGAACAUGAAUGUGUACAGUUUAAAAACCCUAGACGUGUCGUUCAACAAUAUCUAUAUGAUCAGUGAUAUGGUAUUCACAAUGCUUCCCAAUUUGGAGAACUUCUAUUUCGAUUACAAUAAGAUAGAAGCCAUCAACUUUCAAAUGUUCGACUACUUGAGAAACCUUAAAAAUGUAAAGUUUGAGAAGAACCCGUGGUUCUGGGGAUAUCGUGCACAUUUAACAUGGAAAUUUGAGGCUAUGAAUGUGAAUUACGGUAAAGAUUGGGACGAAUGGGAAUGGAUGAACGCCGCCAUCAAAGAGUGCUCCCAAAAUGGCUACGGAGUAAUACCGCAAGAUACAGUUCUCGAUUGCAUCGUUGAAAACUUACUGAAUUACACGUACGAAUUGUUUUCUACGGAACAGCAAGACACGAAAUGUAUCGGGGAAGCCCAACACUUGGUACGCUGUAUGAGACCUAAAAAUAUUACUGGGAAUACGGACAACGAGACUGCGAGAAGAAUACUUGAAGAUUACACAGCGAUUCUACCGACAAUGUUCAGAUCAAAUGUUUUAUUUAAACCACCGCAAAUUAGAAUUCCUUAAAUCUAUGAAGCACUUAAUUAAAUCUCAAAAUACAUAUAUCUGUAUGUUUCUUCUAAACGUAUAUGUAAGUUAUAUCAAAGUAAUGGGAAGUUAGGUACGAGUAGAAAAUCUAUUUGAAUGCGCGAUGUACCUAAUUUCUUGUGUAUUUUAACCCUAAUAAAAUUAUUCAAAAUUGUAGUUUACGUGAAUUACUAUAAGCUGCUUGUGAUUCAAGAUAUUUCGUUACUAAAAUUGUAGUUAAAUGGAUUACAAAUAAAAUUGCAUGGCAUAAUGUCCCGUAAA